AUAGCCGCUUUGCAGCAAUUUGUUAAUAAGUGAUUAAUACACAGAAAAUACGACAGAAAUAUAUAACGUAUAUAACUUGCAAUCGAAAUACAUAUUAUUUCAUUACUAAAACUCUUGUAACGGAGAACUAGUCAUUUGUAUUUAAAUUUAACUGGUGGUAGUAUUAUAUAGGUUAUAAUUUUAAAAAACUGUUAUUAUUUGUGAAGCGUCAAUAAAAUAAAUACUUAUUUAAUAUGUUCAAUCAAAUCGGCGGCGGUGGUAGCAAUCCAAAUAAGGAUGUAGAAGUAACUUCACCACCUGAGGAUACCGUAGCAUCGAUGGAAUUUUCACCUCCCUCGGUACCGCAGACAUUCCUCGUAGCUGGUAGUUGGGAUUGCAGAGCGAGAUGCUGGGAGGUCGAAGCUUCCGGCAAAACAGUACCCAAAGCAGCACAAAGCAUGGACGGGCCAAUACUGGAUGUUGCUUGGCAUGAUGAUGGUUCUAAAGUAUUUAUGGCGUCUGCAGAUAAGACUGUAAAAUGUUGGGACCUUGCUGCGAAUCAAACAUUGCAGGUGGCAGUUCAUGAUGCUCCUAUCAAAACCUGCCACUGGAUCAAAGCCCCAAACUACACAUGCCUUAUGACUGCCUCCUGGGAUAAAACUCUUAAGUUCUGGGAUACCCGAAGUGCAAUGCCGAUAAUGACCAUGAACUUGAAUGAAAAGUGCUACUGUGCUGAUGUUGAUUAUCCCAUGGCGGUGGUUGGCACAGCGGACCGUGGCAUCUGCCUGUACACACUGGAGGGCAAGCCCGCGGAGUUCAAGCGCGUGGAAUCUCCGCUCAAGUACCAGCACCGUUGCAUCGCCAUCUUCCGUGACAAGAAGACCAAACAGCCCACCGGUUUCGCGCUCGGUAGCGUCGAAGGCCGAGUGGCUAUCCAGUACGUCAACCCCACCAACCCCAAGGACAACUUCACCUUCAAGUGCCACCGUUCCGCCGGCACCACUGGGGGCUAUCAGGAUAUCUACGCUGUUAACGACAUAGCAUUCCACCCAACCCACGGGACACUAGCUACGGUAGGCUCGGAUGGCUCCUUCUCUUUCUGGGACAAGGACGCGCGAACCAAACUCAAAUCUUCCGAAAUCAUCGACCAGCCCCUCACCAAAUGCGCCUUCAACCACAAUGGCCAGAUAUUUGCAUAUGCUGUAGGAUAUGACUGGUCUAAGGGUUACGAGCAUCACAAUCCAAACAAGAAAAGCUUCCUUUUCUUAAGGCCUUGUUAUGAUGAUUUGAAGCCAAGAUCAACAUAAAGGUUAGAGUAGUUUUAUAUUAUUCUUUUAAAUAAAAUUAUAUUUUGCAAAUAA